GCCGUGCCGGGCCGGGCUCUGUGGGCAGGACUGGGCAGCUGAACGGACCGGCACCCCACCACUCCUCUGCCGGACACUGCCGCGGUGCGGUCCGGUGCGGCUUCGCCCCGCAGAAUUGCCCAUCCUUAGCUUCCCCUCCUCCCCCAGCUGUCCGGGUCCGGGGAUUCCAGCCUUCCUGUGGCCACCGCCCCCCUACUGGAUCCUCUUCUCCCAGCACCCGUCCCUUCGGACUGUCCGGUCCAGUAGAGCCUCCUCCACUCCUGGCGCCCCUUCCCUCCUCCACCCUCGGCUUCAUCCCCGCAGCGCCCAUCGCUCGGGGUGACCCAUUACCUCGAGCCCGUCUUCCCGGACUCGCAUCCCGGGGAGCGUCUACCUCGCCCCGCGUCCUCGCGCCACCCCGGUCGGGGACAGCGCCCCCUGCGUUCUCCGGUGGCUGCGGCCGGGGUCUCCGCGGGCCUGGCCCCCGAGCAUCUGCCUGGGUACCGCCCCCGAGCUCGUCUCGCCGCCCGCCGACCUCCUGGGGCGCCCCCCUGCGCGCCCCCCGCGGCGACAUGGCGUGCAGCCUCAAGGACGAGCUGCUCUGCUCCAUCUGCCUGAGCAUCUACCAGGACCCCGUGAGCCUGGGCUGCGAGCACUACUUCUGCCGCCGCUGCAUCACCGAGCACUGGGUACGGCAGGAGGCUCAGGGCGCCCGCGACUGCCCCGAGUGCCGGCGCACGUUCGCCGAGCCCGCCCUCGCGCCCAGCCUCAAGCUGGCCAACAUCGUGGAGCGCUACAGCGCCUUCCCGCUGGACGCCAUCCUCAGCGCGCGCCGCGCCGCGCGGCCCUGCCAGGCGCACGACAAGGUCAAGCUCUUCUGCCUCACCGACCGCGCGCUCCUCUGCUUCUUCUGCGACGAGCCCGCGCUGCACGAGCAGCACCAGGUCACCGGCAUCGACGACGCCUUCGAGGAGCUGCAGAGGGAGCUGAAGGAGCAGCUUCAGGCCCUCCAGGACAGCGAGCGUGAGCACACCGAGGCACUGCAGCUGCUCAAGCGACAGCUGGCUGAGACCAAGUCUUCUACCAAGAGCCUGAGGACCACCAUUGGAGAGGCCUUUGAGCGGCUGCACAGACUUCUGCGUGAGCGGCAGAAGGCCAUGCUGGAGGAGCUGGAGGCAGACACGGCCCGCACGCUGACCGACAUCGAGCAGAAGGUCCAGCGCUACAGCCAGCAGCUGCGCAGGGUCCAGGAGGGCGCCCAGAUCCUGCAGGAGCGCCUGGCUGAGACUGACCGGCACACCUUCCUGGCCGGGGUGGCCUCCCUGUCUGAACGCCUUCUCUCCUGCUGUCUUCCCAGGCUCAAGGGAAAAAUCCAUGAGACCAACUUGACCUAUGAAGACUUCCCAACCUCCAAGUACACGGGCCCCCUGCAGUACACCAUCUGGAAAUCCCUGUUCCAGGAUAUCCACCCAGUGCCCGCUGCCCUGACCCUGGAUCCGGGCACUGCCCACCAGCGCCUGAUCCUGUCGGAUGACUGUACGAUUGUGGCCUACGGCAACCUACACCCCCAGCCACUGCAGGACUCACCAAAGCGCUUCGAUGUGGAGGUGUCCGUGCUAGGCUCCGAGGCCUUCAGUAGUGGCGUCCACUACUGGGAGGUGGUGGUGGCAGAGAAGACCCAGUGGGUGAUUGGGCUGGCCCAUGAGGCCGCCAGCCGCAAGGGCAGCAUCCAGAUUCAGCCGAGCCGUGGCUUCUACUGUAUUGUCAUGCAUGAUGGUAACCAGUACAGCGCAUGCACAGAGCCCUGGACACGGCUCAAUGUCCGGGACAAGCUCGACAAGGUGGGUGUCUUCCUGGACUAUGACCAGGGCCUGCUCAUCUUCUACAAUGCUGAUGACAUGUCCUGGCUCUACACCUUCCGUGAGAAGUUCCCCGGCAAGCUCUGCUCCUACUUCAGCCCCGGUCAGAGCCACGCCAACGGCAAGAAUGUCCAGCCACUGCGGAUCAACACUGUCCGGAUCUGAUCCGGUGAGGGAGACCACAGCCUCCUGGGGCAGCUACGACCAGCAAAAGCCCUGUCCAGCAGACAGCAGGCCUGGACUCAGGGCCACGGUGAUCACCUGAGUGCUCAGGUCAGUCGUUUACCCUGCAGCCUCCACGGCCCUGUCUGUGCCCUGGAGGUCGUGCUCCACGCUUCCUAAACUCUCUUGAUGUCCUGUGGUUCCGAAUCUGAUGGGAUAUGCCAUGGCUUCCCACCGCAGCCCCUGUCUGACCCUCAUCCCAUCUUCUUGGGGCCAGGGGCUACCUCCCCUAGCCUCCCCCCUGUCCUGAUGUCCUGGCCCCAUGAUAUAUGAGAUAUGCCCAAAAAACAAACCUCUUCUGCUCGUGGCUUAAGACUUGACUUGCUCCUGACCAAGCUAGCGAUGGGCCAUUUUACCCCUCACCCGCUCAACAGGGUACCCAAGCAGGAGCUCAUCCUAAGGGUUAUGUGAGACCCGCCCUCUCCUGCCACCUCUGUACCAAGAGUGCCGUGUUUCCUCCUUGCCCACUUAUCUGCAAGUCAGAGACAAUGCUGCGGCCUGUGAAAGGCACCAGUCAUUGAGCCCGUGUGUUACAGUCACCACGUUCUGUCCUGCCACAGCCUCAGGUAGGAUGAGGCAUGAGAGCCCCAGAGGCCGAUUAGUUCACAGCCCAUCAGCUAAUGGCACUUGCAGGACAAGCAUCAGAGUCUCCGACAGCUCUGGGGACAGCCCUUGUCAGCCAGGUCUCUGUGGCUCACUGACAGGGCGGAGGGUACUGGCUGCCUUUGUUUUCAUCAGGACCCAGCCCUGGGAGGGGCUGUUGGUGAGGACUCCUUUGACACUUGGCUCCUGGCUCUCAUAGGAUCCUUACUGCAGAAACAAGAGCCGCCUCAGCUGGCUUAAUUAGACAAGGAUUUAUGGCCAGCUCCCCAGUGGCUUGCAAGAUCCCUGGAAGGGCUGGCGGAGGAGAGCCUUUGCUUAGUUUCCAGGAACAGCUCCCAGCUGCCAGACCCAUCACAUCGGCCGUGGCCAGGGAAGCCACUACCAUCUGCAGGGAGCCACUGCCUCAGAAACUGCUGACUGCAAAGUGUUCCCUCUGCCACCAUUCCCGCCAGCAAGCGGCUGUUCUGAGCCUGCCUUUCUCCCACUCAACUCAGGUCCCAAAUACACAUCUCCAGGAAGGAUUUGUGGAAAGUUGAGUCAGAUCUCAAACCUUGGCUGCAAGGGAAUCUGGGAAAUGUAGUUUUCUUCAUUCCAGCCUCAGCCAUACAGAAAGGCAACCCUAGAAGAAAGUUACCAUGGAGGUGGAGUACGCCCAUUUGCAGUUUUUUACGACAGCAUCCAACUGUGAAGAACUCAGGAGACCAUCCACCUCGAGGCCUUGGCAUUGCAGUAGCAGUCGUAGUUAUCUUUCCCCAUGGCUGUGGCCCUGUCCAGAGGAGCCAGCCUGUAAGACUGAGCCAAAAUAUCUCCCCAGCCUUGGCCUUUCUUUCUAGUCCUGGGGCCUCAGUCCUAUACUUGGGGAUCUCUGAGCACACUCAUCCCAGAAGAGCUGAACUUGAAGGGCUCCUGCUCACAACUGCCUCCCUUGAGCAAGAGGCAAAACCCUGCCCGCUCCUUCAACCCCCAGACUCUGGGUCAUCCCCAACAGUAUUUUUAUUUAAAAAGUUACCCAUUUUGUGCAUUAUGAUCAAUUUGUAUUAAAUUAAAGUCACGGGA